AUGUCGAAGGCUAAAAAAGUAAUUGAAGAAGCGAAAGAAAUAAACAAUCCUGAAAUUGACUUGGUGGAUAAAGGAAUUUCCAGUCUAGAUGAAAUACCAGGAUUGUUCAGUUUGGCCAAUAUUACAAGGUUAUCAUUGAGUCACAAUAAGAUUCAAGUGGUACCAGCAGCUCUUGCAAAUCUUAUGAACUUGGAGAUUUUAAAUUUUGCAAAUAAUCAUAUAGAAGAACUGCCUGUUAGUUUAUCUUCCCUGCCUAAGCUUCGCAUCUUGAAUGUAUCUCUUAACCGUCUGUAUGCAUUGCCUAGAGGUUUUGGUGCCUUUCCUGUACUUGAAAUUCUGGACUUGACAUACAAUAAUUUGAAUGAAAAAACAUUACCUGGAAACUUCUUUAUGAUGGAGAGCCUGCGAGCUUUGUAUUUGGGUGACAAUGACUUUGAAUACCUCCCACCAGAAAUUGGUAAUUUGAAGAAUUUGCAGAUUCUGUCAAUGAGGGAAAAUGAUUUGAUAGAGGUACCACGGGAAUUGGGUCAAUUAUCUCGUCUUAGAGAACUCCAUUUGCAAGGAAACCGUCUUGUUGUUCUACCACCAGAGAUCGGUUCCCUAGACUUGGCGAGCAACAAAUCUGUACUGAGAAUUGAAGGCAACUUCUGGGUGCCUCCAAUAGAAGAUCAACUGAAGUUGGGCCCAUCACAUGUGUUGGACUAUCUACGCUCAGAAACCUAUAGAGUAUUGUACAGCCGUCACAUGUCCGCCAAGCCGCCACCGCCCCCGCAAACCCUCGACAAGAGCAAGAAGGCCAGUCGAGCGAGAUCU